AUGACUGUCAUUCCCGUCUACCCCGGCCUUAAGGUUGAGAUCCUCGUCAAUGACAAUGCGCUGCCCGAGUAUGAGGACAUUGAAGAUACUCCGUCACCGCUGAACUUAGUUACAAAGUACAUUGAAGCGACUACGGGUACAGAAUUCAAGAUUAGAUCCAUGAUCAAUGAGACGUUUCCUUUCCCGCCCGGAGAUCUCUUGUUGAGCGUUUCUUUUGACGGCAAACCUGUUAAGGGUCUUAAUAUUUAUUCUGAGGAAUUCUAUUCUAAUACUGGUGAGGAAGAAGAUGUCCAAGCAGUUGUUGACGAUGAGGUCAAAUAUGUUGCGCAAGAGCUUGGUAGCAUUGUAGUUGACUUCCAGUUCGUCAAGAAGUUUCACAUCGAUCCAGAUCAGUACCAGGAGGCCACUGAAGUGAACCCUGAACCAGUUUCAGAGACUAGUCUCAAAUGUAGACUUGGAACUCAUUGCAUUUGCUUCAAGCAACCUGAGAAUAUGGGACUCGCAACAAGCAAUCAGUACUCGAAUAGUGAGCUUGUUGGUGAAGCACCAUUCACCAUCUUCAAGUUUAAGUAUCGUUCAAUGGAUACUCUUCGCGCCCUGGAGAUCGUCCCACCACUGCCAUCUCUAGAAAAACGCCCAGAGGAAGAGCUAAACAAUGCUGAGCUACAGGAACUAGUCAAGAAGUUGAAGCUGCCCACCUUCUUCUCUCAUGGCUGCGCCCCACUUGUCGCCCAAUCAAGUCGCACGAACCUUUUAGAGCUUGCUGCACGGCGACUCACCUCAAGGUACGCUACCUCCACUUGCACACUCCCCCGUGCGCUCAAUCCUGUUGGCGGCGGCCAUUUACCUGCUCCAGUAACCUCCUUCUUCUGCAUACUCCCAUCUGCCACCAUCGCUUUGUCGCAUCAAGACGCCAUAGCGAUCCAAAAGGACUAUCCCGGCGUCACGGUACAAGUGAUCGCCAACGGCCGGCCACUCAAGGAAUACGAAGACGAAGACGAGGAGGGGCCGUCAAAGUCUAUCACACGCUACGUUGAGUCGACAUCGGGCGUGGAAUUUGCCAUCAAGACCACCUUUACCCCACCAUUUGAAGAAUCUUCCGAAGAAGAAGGCAAGCGGUUGGAGUCCAGCUUUUGCUUCUCCAAUUUGGAAAUCGUUGAAGAAAAUCACGACACUAUUGCAUCUGCAAUGCUCAAGCCUGUUGAAUCACUCGGUGCGAUUGAGUUGUCAGUGUAUCGUAUCAUCAACUUGCUCCCCAGACAGCAUAACAACAGCCAGGAUACCAGGGACCGGAAAAGAGAGCUAUGUCCCGUAGGACCCAUAUCAGAAAAGGUCAUGAAAGGGAAUACAAGAUCAGUCCAGACAACUUUGGGGCCAGGGAGAGGAUGUAAGUGUGAAAAAAUUGGGGUUCGAGCAGAGAAGGAGCCGGAGCCACUCUUCACGUUUCGUUUCAAGUAUCGUUCAAUUGACGCACUGAAGUCAUUGGGCUUUGAACCGCAACCAUCCAGUACAACCCCCGACCGUACGUUACCGGUAGGCCAACCCGCAGAACAGACAGGGAUCACGACUCCAGCCUCCAAAGACCACCACAGUGCCAACGCCACUAUACCGACUUCCCAAAACGAGACCUCGGCAUCAAGCGGUCAGAAUGAACAAGACGGUGUUACGGUUGAAGAGAUCAUAGCCAUGAUUACUGGCUACAGACGUCACGACAAGGGUCUUGCAGGACAAAAGCGAAAGAGUCUGUUGACUCUUCUGAAAUACUACGAGAACCAAGACACAGAGAACACGACCAGCAGGCACCAGUCAAUCGCGAACGACAACGUAGCGAUCAAACAAGAGCCGAUUGUGAUCGACGAUGACAGUAGACCUGUCAAGCGAGAGGCGGAAGGGCCUGAACCUGUUCAAGGGAACGACAAAAAGCGCAAGAUAGAGGUCAUAGUCAUCGACGACUGA